UCAAACUCAACUUUUCAUCCAAUCUAUACUUGCAGGAUGUUUGCAUGAGAAGAAAAAAAAUUUCUUAUUUUAAAAAAAUCAUCGAAUUGAAUUAAAUCGAGUCCUUGAAAUCACACGAAUAUACUUGAAAAAUAAACGUUCGACUAUUGCGACCGUAUUGCUGUGAAUUAUAAAAUAACGGUGAAACUAAUAAAUUAAAUUGUUUAUCAACAUCUUCUGCCAACACCGGUGUACAUCGAAUGACAAAAUCAAUUGCUGCAUUUUAGGCGUUUUUUUUUCUCCUUUCAUUUUUCAUUCACAAUUUUUCUCGCUAAGAAAUUAAAAAGAAAAACGUGUAAUAAAUAUUAAUUAAGUUAAGAUAACUUUUAAUGCAAACUUAUUAUAUUUCGGAAGUUGUAAUGUUUAUGCCAAAUAUUUACACAAAAAAAUCUGUUUAAGUCCUAUAGUGCAACGCAUCAAAAAAGUUUUUGCGAACAAAAAAAUUGCAAUACAAUAAAAAUAAAAUUAAAAAAAAAAAAAAAAAAAAAAACAGAUAUAACAUCAUCCCCCAACCCCCAACCCCCUUUAAGGCAUACUAAUACAUACAGUGACUCCCACAUGUUGACAUUUAACAAUAAUUAUCUCUGCCCUGCUGCUGUCGUUGCAGGCAUCUGAGUUCUGAGAACCUAAUUGAGUGUGGCCUACUGAGAAUAUAACACUUUUUUUUGCGCUUUAUCCUUUAAACCCUAAGGACUUCUUUUUAGUGCAAAAGAGAAAUAAAAACUAUAACAAAAAAUAACAAAACCGCGAGUAGGUAUCCUCGAUACCAAAAAAAAAACUUUCUUUUGAAAACGGGUUAAAGACAAGUUUUAAAAAUUUAUUCUCCAGCGUCAAAUAUGCCCGAACAAAGCAACGACUAUCGGGUGGUUGUUUUUGGUGCGGGCGGUGUUGGGAAGAGUUCCUUGGUGCUACGAUUCAUUAAAGGAACUUUUCGUGAGAGCUACAUACCGACUAUUGAGGACACAUAUCGUCAGGUCAUUAGCUGUAAUAAGAAUAUUUGCACACUGCAAAUAACCGACACUACAGGAUCACAUCAGUUUCCUGCCAUGCAAAGGCUCUCCAUAACAAAGGGGCAUGCCUUUAUAUUGGUCUAUUCGAUGUGUUCGAAGCAAAGUCUGGAGGAAUUGCGACCUAUUUGGAGUCUAAUUAAGGAAUUAAAGGGACAAGAUAUUACUCAAAUACCUGUCAUGCUAGUUGGUAAUAAAUGCGAUGAAAGUGCCGAAUUGCGUGAAGUCACUCAAAGUGAAGGCCAAGCUGAAGCUGCCUCAUGGGGAGUAUCAUUCAUGGAAACCUCUGCAAAAACGAACCAUAACGUCACCGAGCUGUUCCAGGAACUACUGAACAUGGAGAAAAAUCGUAGCGUUUCAUUGCAAUUAGAUGGCAAAAAACAGAAAAAACAAAAACAAAAGAAAAAGAAAGAAACCAAUGGAGCGAUAGCUGAAGGCGAAAAUGGAGGGGAGGGCACCAGUGGUAAUGCCAAGGAAAAAUGUCACGUAAUGUAAAUUCAUUUUUUUAAUUAUAUUUUUUUACUAAACUAAAACCAACACAAAAAAAAACAAUUGUUUUAAAUAUUUCUGUUUUAAAGAAAGUAGAAUUAGUCGAAGAAGUUAAGUAAAGAAAAUUAGUAGAAAAAAAAAGUUUUGAAUGCGAUUUAGAAAAAAAAAAAAAUAAAAACGAAUAUAGAAAACUGAUGAAACGAAAAAGAACGUUUUUUGGAUCAUGUGUUUUGCAAAUGAAACGAUAUGUUUGUAUAUAAACCAAAAAUGUCAAGUGUAAUCAAUUGCACUUCAAAGCCUCAUAAAUAAUGAUGGUCUUUGAGGUACUAGAUACUUAAAGAUGUUUAAUCACAAAUUAUAUAACCACCCAAAACAAAAUAAUCUAUAAUCAAUUAAAAAAUAAAACUAAAUAUUUAAUACAAAAAAAAAUAGGAAAAUAGUUUUAGAACAAUAUUUAAAUGAAAGGUGUUAAUCGAAGAGAUAUUUAUAAAUAUUGCAAAGCUUAAAGCAUGUGUGCUUAUUCAUUAAAUUAAUUUUUUUUUUAUUUUUUUAACAGAGGAAACCAUUAUAAAAUAACAUUUUUAUUGUUUUAUUGUUUUCUUGUUUUAAUUUCACUUUGUUACUAUGUUCGCAUUUUUGAAGUAUCUAGCACAGAAUAAAAUGUUAAAACAAAUUCUAUCGGAAGUUAUUGGGCUUUUAGGAACCUUUGGAAUCGCAACACACUUCAGUUAUUUGUUGUUGGUUGGUACUUAAUUAUGCAAAUUCAAUGUUUUGCCUUUAUUAUGCUUUGUUAUAUUUUGCUCAUUUAUUGCUACUUAUUGGUGACACUUCUGUGUUUGAGAUUUUAAUGAGUUCUUUCUAUUUUUGUUUUUAACUUAAUGGUGUUAAUUUUGUUUUCAAAGUUAAUAACACAAACAUCGAAAUAGCCCCACCAUUUAGUACGGAUAAAUCAAAAAGUAUUUGGUACAUUUUUCAAUGAAAACCUGGUUUAAGAGAUUUUAGCUCUUUAUUUUAUUUUUUUGUUUUUCACCAAAAUAAGUUUUUUGGAAAUUUUCAAGAAAUUUCCAAAGGUUCGUAGCAAAACAUUGUCCCAGGUACGCGCUUAUUUGAGUUCGAAAACUGUUUAACAAACUUAUAAGACAACUCCUGCAGAAACCAUGUUUCUUUACAGAAAAUCAAAAUUUACAUUUCGUGUAAAGAUUUCAAAAUCUCAUCGGAUUAAAAUUGAUUUUCAAAACAUCUUCAUAAAAAUGAAAAACUUAAAGAAAAAAAAAAUACAGAAAAUUAAGGCUUUAAGGUCGAAUUAUUCACCCUAUUUUAUAUUUUAAGUCUCCAUUGAAAAUUAGAAAGCUGUCAAAUGGCAUACAGGUUUUAAAAUGCUUUUUUUAAAUGGUGACUUAAUUGCUUAUAAGAUUGUUAAGAAAUAACUUAAAUUUUUAUUUUUAUAACAUAUUUUUUCUAAAUAAAUCAAAUCAGCUACGUGAAUAGUUUUCAACUUAUUUUAGGUACAGUCUUUCGCAAUUUUGUUUUCUUCUGAAAGAUUUUUUGACAGACUUUACUUUAGGGCCCAAAAAGUAUGGAAAAGAUCUGAAAUUUUGGGUUUUGACUCUCUGAUAUAUGCCGGAAAAGGGGUAUUAAUUCAAUAAGAAACAGAGGUGUCGCUUCUUUCCUUCCGUUAACAUUAACCCCUGUAUACUUUUCUGUCAAAGAAGUUUAGGGAUUUAAUUCUUUCAUUCUGACAUAAUCUGUAUUACCAUUAACUAUUGUGUUAAGCAGUCGAUUGUUGAAGUUGUAUCAAAAAUUCAAUUUUUUCCAUGAUUUAUUUUGCAUCCUUGAAGAAUAAUUUAAAGUAACUUAAUUAAAUUUAAAGGAACUUAAUUAUCUAUUUAUCAGUCAAUUGAAUAAACAAAUUUAAGUUUAAAGUUUUCACCAAUAUUAUGAAAGAGUUAAUUAUAAAUUUUAAAAAAAAUUAUUUAAACUUUUAAACCAAACAAAAAUAAAACACUAUAGACAAAAUACAAAAGUAUAAAUUAAAAAAAAAUUAGUAAACGAACUGUAAACAUAUCAAUUCAGUUGAAACGUGACAUUUUAAUGGUGAAUUAAUAAAGUACGAAUAUAUUUAUAUAUUUACAAAACAAUUGUAUAAGGACACAAGAAUGAUUAAUGGAAAAAAAAAGGCAUACAAAGAAAAUUAAAUAGCAAGAAGGUUAUUAUUAUAUAAUUAGAUAUUAAUUAAUUACUUCAAAAUAAAAAAAAUAAAUACAAAUACGUAAAAUUUAUGAACUAAUUUCAUGAAAAAUAAUUUUUUUUGAGACGCAAAAUAUUUUUUUUUUAAGGUUACACUUUGUAUAAAACUAUAAUACUCGUAUUAUUAUAAAAAUGGCGUUGGAAUUUCUUUAAACUUUUUUUACGUAAGCUUCUUCAAAUAAUAUUUAUUUUUUUUAGAGCAAAAUAAUAAUUAUUGCUCUGUUUUGUAUUGUUAAAUUUAUUUUUAAGUAUAAAUAAUUUUUAAGCUUUGAUAACUUGUCAAUUGAACAAAAAUUGGGAUAAACCUACUUUUUUUUGUAAAAAUUUAUUCAAUUUUGUUAAUAAUUCCUCAUUGAAUUAUUUUUAGAUUUAAAUUACAUAAAUUACUUUUCUUACAUUUUUUAUGACAUUUUAUACCUCUUUCUUUUAUUUUAUGAAAGACUAGAAAGAAAACAAAAUCUUAUUGAUUGAUAAAAUGUUUGUGAUGUAGAUACGCCAAAAUUUUAGUCUAAUUUGGGCGAACGGGGCAACAUACAUACAGUCUUAUAAUAGCCGUGUUUUUGUUCAAAAAUUAGGGGAUAUAUUUUUAUUACUUUGAAAUAGUUUUCCACUUAGGAACAUGAUUCUCGAAAAAAAUCUUAAAUAGCGGACGCCCUAAUAUACACAUUCUUACAUAAAAUUGUUCCUUUUUUUCUCAAUUGUAAUGUUUCAACUGUUAUACCAAACAAACUAUAUGUUUUAAAUGGUUCACCGCUGGCAAAAUCAAGUAAAUGAAUGAAGAAAUUUGGCACUAUUGUAAAUUAUAAACUAUAACAAAGUUUACCGUUAUCGAUAAUCUCGGAUUUCGGCAACAAUAGGUACUACGAAAUUUCUUUUCACUAGUGUUGAACCGUUAUAAAAGUGUAAUAAAUGUAUGUACUUAUAUCUGCUUACAAAAUCAUUUGGAUUUUGAGGAGAUUUUGUUUUAAUCUAGAUAAUGAAGUAGUAGAUUUCAAUGAUUUUAAGCUUCCAUUAAAAGUCUGUGGUUUAUUUAAAAGAAAUUUCACUUAAACCAUUCAAGGGUUAGGAAAUCUACUUGAUUUCAUUGAGAUUUUGAAUAUUUUGCACGAAUUCUAACGAAAAAAGUUGUCCAGUAACAUUUUAACAUUUUUUUCGAUACACAAUGUUUUUCGACUGCCUAUAUUAUUCGAUGCGAAAAUUUUAGAUAAUUUUAAUGUUUGCCUGCUAAAUUUUGCUAAGUUUCCAAAAAAAAAUAUGCCUGUAGCAAAAGUAUUAAGUACUACAUAUUUUAAAACAGGUUUCCCCGACUUCGAAGCUUGACAUUAUUCCACACAUGAAAUAUGAUGUUUAACUAUCUGGAUUAAUUUGAUCAUAAGGAAAUUAUAAUUCUUUUUCUACUUUUUCUCCAGAAGCUAGAUUACCAAUAGUUUCUUCAAAUAUUAGGCUAAAAUUUUCUUUGUUAAAUUAACUAAUUAAUUCAAUUUUAUCUAAUUAAUAAUGUUUCAUUAAAGUAAUUUCUAUCAAAUGCUUUAAUUUUUUGUUUGCAUGAGUAUAACCUAAUAGUGUUAUUAAAUAUCUUGUUCUCAUCAAAAAGCACCCAAAUAAAUCAUCUUGAAGUUAAAAAAAAAAAAAUUUAAAGCUUCUUACACCUCUUGACUUAUUUUUUAAUUUAAAAUUAACUUUAUAAUUAUUUUUUUUUGUUUUUUAAUUAAGUUUAUUUUCAAUGA